AUGACAGCAGCAGCAUUAGCAGCAGAAGCAGCAGCUGCAGCAGCAAAAAGAGCAGCAGCAGCAGAAGCAGCACCUGCAGCAGAGGCUGGUCUUUCUGGCACUCACCCCUGCAGCAGCAGCAGCAGCAGCAGCAGCAGCACACAGUGUACGCAUGCACAAGCGGUUGCAAUAGGCUCUGAACUGCGACUCACAAUGGAGCGUUUGCUGCUGCUGAAAGAGAAGCACCAGCAGCAGCAGCAGCAGUUGCAGCAACAGCAGGAGCAGCACCUGCACCAGGAGCAGCACCAGCAGCAGACUCCACCCGAAGAGCUUGAGCAUUUGUGGCUGUCUUGCAUUCGCCUGCUGCAGAUGCUGCUGCUGCAGCAACGCGAGCUGCUGCUGCAGCAGAGAAGCAGCAGAGAGGUGCAGCAGCAGCAACUGCAGCAGCAGCAGCAGCAGGUGGUUAUACGUGGGGAGGAUUUGUGCGCGAUGCUGCGGCUUAUAGUGAAAAGAGGGACCACUGGUCUCCCCCUGGGCUUUUUAAAUGCAGCGAGAGCAGGCCUUGCUGCUGUUGCUGCUGCUGCUGCUGCUGCUGCUGUUGCUGAGGCGGGGCCAGGUGCUGCGGGCUGCUGCAGCGCAGCAGAUCUCGUGAGGGGUUGCCGCGCGCUGCAGUCGUUGGGGGCCCUUAACGGCCGCCAGCUGCAGCAAGUUCUGCAGCUGCUGCUGCCGCCGCAGCAGCAGCAGCAGCAGCAGGCUGCAGCAGCGUUUGCGCUGCAGCUGCGAGCAGCAGACGCAGUGGCGCUGCUGGUGCUGCUGGCCAAAUCAGGGCUGCGUCAUGAGCCGCUGCUGCUGUCUGCGUGUGACUGGCUGCUGCAGUGCAGCAGCAGCAGCAGCAGCAGCAGCAUGUUGUAUCCUAAACACCUCGCGGCCUGCUGCUGGGCGCUUUCCAAACUGUCAAUUUCUCAUCCGCUUCUCGACCACCUCUUCAGCAACGCUAUACCAAAUUGCCUGCAGCAGCAGCAACUGCAACAGCAGCAGCAGCAGCAGCAGCAGCAACUACAGCAGCAGCAGCAGCAGCAGUUGGGCCUCAGGGAGUGCGCCAACAUUUGCUACGCGCUCUGCGCCUCUUGUGUUGCUGCGACUCCUCUGUCGGAGCAGCAACUGCAGCAGCGCAGCAGUUUGCUGCAGCAGCUGCUGCAGCACCUGAAGCAGCAGCAGCUGCUCGAGCCCCUGCAGCAGCAGCAGCAGCUGAUUCUGCUGCAGCGCGACGCCCUCAGACAACUGCAGAUUGUACAUCUCUUCUUGACCGCCCCGCAGCAGCAGCAGCAGCAAACGAGCAACAGCAGCAGCAGCAGCAGGGGGCCCUGCGUCGUCGAGAAGUUCGAAGCGGAGGCUGCGGUGCAGCAGCUGCUGCAGCAGCUGCAGCUGCUGCUGCU